AGAAAUUCUUUCUGACAGAUACAGUGCUUGUAAGCUGAAGAUACAUUUCUUAAAUAAAACCCCAUAAAGGGGUUAUGAACAGAUUGAGCAUGAUGGAACAUGUACAUUUAGCUGGAGAUGAAGAAGAAGAUAUGUAUUCAGGGUUUAAUGAUUACAGUGCUACAUUAGAUACUGAGGAUCUACAGCAUGAUGAAUCAUUUCAAAAAGCAGUUUUACGAACUAGUCAUGGUAGACGGCCACCACCAACAGGAAAAUUUCCAGGAAUGCAAGCUGGUAGAUUGGCAACGGCAGCAAGGGGCAGAAAUGCCAUGCCUUCAUCCAUGGGUCGACCAAUAACCGGAGCUGUACCAGCGGAUGGAGCUGCUCGACCAAUGACAGCUGUCCGAGCUGCAGGGUAUACAUCAGCAGGAAAUAGAGGUACUGGUUUUGAUCCAAUGAAUAUAGGGGCUAAAGGUCCAGCUCCACCUCUCGAACCAAAACCUGAAGAUAGUCCUGAGGAGAAGAUAAAACAACUGGAGAAGAAUGUGAAUCAGCUGAUAGAAGAAAGUUGUUUUGCUAAUAGUCGAGGUGAUCUUGUGCUGGCUCUAGAGAAAGCGAAAGAAGCUGGUAGAAAAGAGAGAAUAUUGGUGCGACAGAGAGAAACACAAUCAAUGGGAGAUACUAUAAACCUAGAUUUAACUUACUCUGUAUUAUUUAAUCUAGCCAAUCAAUAUUCAUCUAAUGAGAUGUAUACAGAAGCUUUAAAUACAUACCAAGUUAUCGUCAAAAAUAGAAUGUUUAGUAAUGCAGGUCGACUGAAGGUUAAUAUGGGUAAUAUUUAUUUUAAACAGAAGAAUUAUCCUAAAGCUAUCAAAUAUUACAGAAUGGCUUUAGAUCAAGUUCCUAAUACACAUAAAGAAAUGAGAACAAAGAUAAUGCAGAAUAUUGGAAUAGUGUUUACAAAGAUGGGCCAAUACAAUGAUGCUAUUACAUCCUUUGAACACAUUAUGUCUGAAUCGCCUAACUUUAAAACCGGGUUUAAUCUCAUACUGUGUUACUUUGCUCUCGGUGAUCGAGAGAAGAUGAGACGAGGUUUCCAGAAAUUAUUGACAGUUGAUUUGAAGAUCGAUGAUGAAGACAAAUAUUUAGCACAAACUGAUGAAAAACAAAAUAAUCUGGUGUUGGAGGUGAUUAAAAAUGAUGCGUUGCGAAAAAUAGAGAGAGAAAGGAAAUAUGAAGCAGAGAGAUGUUUAAAGACAGCUGUAAAGAUUAUAUCACCAGCAGUAGAAAGUACUUUUUCUGAAGGCUAUGAUUCAUGUAUUGAACAAGUGAAGAAUUCUCAGUACGUAGAUUUGUCACAUGAUCUAGAGAUUGAUAAAGCCAUCAUGUUCUUAAAAGAAAAAGAUUUUCAACAGGCUAUAGAGACGUUGAAAUCAUUUGAAAAGAAAGAUUCAAAAGUAGCGAGUACAGCAGCCACCAAUUUAUCUUUCUUAUAUUUCUUGGAGUCUGAUUUACAACAAGCUGAUAAAUACGCUGAAUUAGCCAUGGCUGCUGAUAGAUAUAACCCAGCAGCUCUGGUAAAUAAAGGGAAUGUAUAUUAUCAGAGAAGAGAUUAUGAAAAAGCUAGAGAAAUGUUUAAAGAAGCCAUAUCUAAUGAUUCUUCUUGUGUUGAAGCACUUUAUAAUUUAGGUUUAUCCAAUAAAAGAUUAUCCCGAUUAGAAGAAGCGCUAGACAGUUUUUAUAAAUUACACGCUAUAAUGAGAAAUAGUCCACAAGUUUUAUAUCAAAUAGCCGACAUAUAUGAUCAGAUGGAAGAUACAGCACAAGCUACAGAAUGGUUUUUACAGUUAAUAGGAGUUGUACCAUCUGAUGCCAGUGUUUUAGCGAGAAUGGGGGAAUUAUAUGAUGCUGAGGGGGACAAAUCUCAAGCUUUUCAAUAUUAUUACGAUUCUUACCGUUUUUUUCCGUCCAAUAUACCUGUUAUAGAAUGGUUAGGAGCGUAUUAUAUUGAUUCUCAAUUCUGUGAAAAGGCUGUCCAUUAUUUUGAAAGAGCAGCCAUUGUUCAACCUAAUCAGGUUAAAUGGCAGUUAAUGAUAGCUAGUUGUCAUAGAAGAAGUGGUAAUUAUCAACAAGCUUUAGAAACUUAUAAACAGAUACACAGAAAAUUCCCUGAUAAUGUUGAAUGUUUAAAGUUUUUGGUAAGACUGUGUACAGAUUUAGGUCUUAAAGAUGCCCAGGAGUAUGCUACUAAACUUAAGAAGGCUGAAAAAGCUAAAGAAUUGAAAGACCAGAGAGCUACAAGUGGUACAAGAAGAUCAGGAAGUGGUAGAGGCACCAGAGACCGAGAUCAACAAGUAGAUCGUGAUGGAAGUGCUGGGCGUAAAGGACAGAGAACCAACAGUGGAAGGACACGAGGUACAUUACCAGACGGUGAUGAUGAUAGUUUUACUGGUGGACAAAAAGAUGUUGAUGCAUCAUAUAGUGACCCUCUCGGACCCCAGAUGGAACGACCAAAAACUGCAGCUCAACGUCGUAAUCCUCACGAUGAUGAAUUUGGUGAUGAAGAACUAGGAGAUGAUCUUUUACCAGAAUAAAUCAUAAUUCUGUCCUACACACUAUCUUAUUUAUUACAUUCCGUCCUUUUAUCAUUUAUAUACAUGUUUGUACAAUGGAUGUACUUUCCACAUAUUUCUAAACAUGUAUUGAUACUAAUGGCUGUUUCUCACAACAGAUAAACUGUUUGACUACAUGUAGUUGGAAAUUUAUUACCUUUUUAAAAAAUAUUAUUACAUUGUAUAGUGCUGUCUUCAUUGAAAUGCUUCAAUGUGCUUUACAUACAAGUAAAUAUUAACGAAAUAUCUGAAUAAUAAAAUUGUUUGAAAUAACAUAAAAGCUGAAGGAUAAAUAUACAAAUUCGACUAGUAAUAAGUAAAUGAAGUCUAGGAAAAUAAACUUGAGCUCAGACUUUUUACAUACAAAUGAAAACAAGUUGUUGAAAAGACAAGCCAGGAAGUAAUUAAUGUUUAUUAUUAAAUUGUACAAAUUACAUGUUGUUAAUACUGUGAUAUUUAAUUUAAAAAUUCCAUUAUAAAUACAUACAAAAUUA